CUCUCAACUCCCUAACUCACCACACUGCUAUUCCUCUCCCACUGCGUCUGAUUCCUAGCAGCACAACAAAACCCAAUCAUAAUGGCUUCCCCACUAUCAACCGAAGAGCUCACGCAGAUCGCCAACGCUGCCUGCGAAAAGGCGCUCGGCUCCGCAGAAAGCUACCAACACUCCCUAGUCGCCGACUGGAAUUCAGCAAUCAUUAACGAAAUUCUCCGCGUCGUCAUCGAGAAGACCAAAGGUGGUCCUCACGACAUCCCGCCCUUUAAAUACAUUGCCAACUGCACCAUCAUCCAGCACAUCAGCUCGUCGUCCGAGCACGCAACCGGUGGUCGCCGUGGUAUGCACAGCGCUGUUGGCGCUUACUGGAAUAACGAGAAGGAUGGAACCUGGAGUUAUAAAUGGGAGGGUGCAGAGAAAAAGGGUAUGGAUAUUGUGAUUAGUUUAACCUGGGUUGGAUUGUAGAUCUGCCGACGUAAAUUGCUGAUCUGCGGAUGGACCAUGUGAAAUUUGGGGAAAGGCGCGAUUGUAGGAGUGAAAAAUGAUGAUGAUGAUGAUGAGGGCCUUGGAUAAGAGUUUCUGCUCUGACGACUUGCAUCAGCGGGUGCCCGGCGUCUGAUCGACCACUAUCUUCUAUAUUUAUUUUCAUCUGUGGUCACUGGUCUCCAUACUUCGUACAUUCCAUGGAGAAAACGCCUUUGCACAUACUUGCUUGGGUAUGAAAUUGGACCGGUUGAAAAGUCCUUCCAAUAAUCCAUCUUUCUCGUCCAUCUUACUCCCCGUCUACCCUUCCACUUCCACUCCAGAUCUUCCAGCCCCAGAAGGGACAAUACAG